AUGGACUGGCUAGGCUAUGCAAAGAUCGACUUCACGCACGCGCCGGCCCCGCGCCCGAUCCGGUCCAAGGACGGCACGCAGACCGACCUGCUCAAGAUUGUCGAGCAGGCCACGCCUCCCUGCCAGCUGAACCCUCUGCUGUUCAACGGCCACCUGCAGACGAUGUGGACGGCGACGAAGCCUCACGGGCCGUCGGUCUACUACCGUCGCCGCCUGUUCGAGGCCGAGGACCCGGCCUACGAGGGCAGCUUCGCCGUCGACUUUGCCGUCCCUCCGCACGACGAGGUGGACGAGACGCUGUCCCGACGCACCGUCUACUUCACCGACGAGCAGUGGGCCGGCCUGCCGUCGGACGACUCGAAGCCCAUGCUCGUCGUCCUGCACGGCCUGUCCGGGGGCUCCCACGAGAUCUACCUGCGCCACUGCAUCGCGCCGCUCAUGGGGGAGGGCGGCUGGGAGGUCUGUGUGGUGAAUGCGCGCGGGUGCGCGAAGAGCAGGUUCAGCAGCGGGGUGCUGUACAACGCUCGGGCUACCUGGGAUGCCAGGCAGUACUGUGGUGAAGAAGGAUCGGACUGCCUGCUCAAGGCCGCGGUCGUGUGCUCUAACCCCUUCAACCUCGAAGUGUCGAGCAAGAUGAUGCAGAGCCGCUACUUCAGCAGGGAGGUCUACCUCCGCGUCAUGGGGACCGGUAUGAAGAAGCUCAUCGCCUCUCACAGGGAGGACCUGGAGAAGCACGAGACCAGGCUCGACUUUGAUGCCCUGGAGAAGGUCACCUACCUUCACGAGUUCGACCGUCUGAUCCAGGUCCCCUGCUGGGGAUAUCCCACCGAGUACGCCUACUACCGUGACGCCUCGUCCUCGGACGCCAUCACGUCCAUCCGGAUCCCGUUCCUGGCCAUCUCGGCCACCGACGACCCCAUCGCCGUCAAGGAGGCCAUCCCGUUCGAGGAGUUUGAGCAGAACCCCAACACGGUCCUGCUGACCACAUCCCUGGGCGGCCACCUGUGCUGGUUCGAGUACGGCGGCACGCGGUGGUACACGCGUCCCGUCGACAACUUCCUCAACCACAUGGCCUUUGAGACUGACCUGGCCGGCCUGGACCCCAGCGAGGAACCGACCGUGUCCGGGAACGAGGCUAGGCGGACGCAGUUUGACCCGAUGCGUCGCAAGAUGGCCAUGUCGGGGACGUCUUAG